UUCAGUCAUUAUUUCCGAUAAAAAAACAUGUGUAAAUAAAUAUAAAAAUAUAUAAAAUAAAUAUGAAAAACAAAGUGAGAUGAAGAACUACGCGUGACACCAGAUAGGGGUUUACGCAAUGUACGAUUUUUGUUGCAGCAAUUUAUUGAUUUGUUAUGAUCCAAAAUACUUAGAACAAAGAUCUGAUAGCUCAAAAAUUGACAGAAAAUCCGAUAUGUACAUAUCAAAAUGGAAAAAGCGAGAGUUUUUAGUAACAGACAAACAUCAUAAAGAAGCAGCUACACAUAAAAAUUGGAAGUUUUCAAAAGAGGAUAGUUUAAAUUGUAAAAUUAAAAUGAAUAAGCCGAUGAACGGUUUAUCAUCUGUUACCAGUAAAACUCAAACUUACAUACCAGAUACGAGCGUUGAAAAACUUUUAAAUUGCUUUAAUUACGAGAUAGAUCCCAGAGCGGAGUUCCAUAACAUCAGUAAUGCCCACAAAGGAAGCAGCACCGUGGUACAAAAAAGUUCAAAUUUUUUAAAGAGAUCUCAAAUAUUUCCAUGCUUUUCAAAUAUAUUACAAAAUCAUAAAAAAUGUUGUCGAACUAACGUCAAAAAUUUAUCAGUGGAGACUUAUAGAGAACCUUAUUGUGCGCGAUGCGAAAAAAGACGAAUAAAAUGCAUUAGUAAGAAACGAUACAAAUGCGCUAUGCGAUCUCCUUAUUACGUUGACGAAGAUGUCAAGAGACCGGAUUCCAGUCGAUCGGAGAGACAUCGCCAUUCAGUGUAUUACAAUCCUAAAUUAAUAAAAAAUCCAUUUUCAAGGAGCAGUGCCAGCAGCCACACUUCGUGUGAUUCAGAAUAUGAAAACAUAUCUAGGUAUUGUUAUAAGAAGAGAAUGCAAAAUUACAUUUUAAAGGAACGUGAAAGGAAUAAAAAAAUGAAUAGGAAAUAUUUUGGUAACAAAAAACAACAGUGUUAUUCUAAAGUUGAAAGAUUUCUACCCUAUCAAGUGAUUGCUACUCCAUUUUGGGAGGAAGAGAAGAGUUACGACUCAAAUUCAACCCGUUGCAGUGCUCUACCAUCUACCUCUUCGGGUUUUUGGGAAUACUUAACUGAUAAAAUUACUAGAAAGACAAAAGACGGUGAUCGCACUAAAAGUUGUAAGUGUGGACAAUCUGCGUCAUUUAUUUCCAGUGUAAACGGGGAUCCAGAUUGUUUGAAAGUUGCUGAAAAAAUGAGUGAAACCGAGAAAAAGGUCAAUGCAAUAUUAACAAGUCCAGGAGAGAAUACAGAAGAAUCUACAAAAGACACACGUUCAAAAAAUUGUACAUGCGAUUGUAAAAAAAAUAAAACUGAAACCGUAAUUCCGACAACUAAAGAUGUGCACACAUGUUCGCGUAUAAAUACACCUUGCAAUAAAUGCAAUAAUGACAAGAGUAAAAAUGAUAAACGUUCAAAAGAUCCUGAUGAUGCGAAGUCAAAUAAAGGAGACGAGCCAUGUAGAGCGCCACACGAUGAAGUUGUCUCAAAACUGAAACAGAAAUACAACGGAGAAAUAUUAUGUAUUCACAAUCCUCCUUGCAUUCUUAUCAACGGUUGUCUUAAUUUGCCUUCAGCUAACGCCAAUCAGAAGCCUCCAGUGGCUGUUUGGCCCGUCAAUCAAAUGAAGAAAAAUAGCAGUUAUAAUUUUUGUAAAAGAAUCUGGACCCAAAAGGAUAAAGCAGAUGAACAAUAUGAAAUUUACGGUGUACCUUAUGUUUCGUCGAGUGAAUGUCAAAUACCAUUGACUAAGAAAGAAAGAAAUAAUCAUUUCAAUCAGAAGCCUAUUUGUGAAUUAGUGAAACUGUCAUGUAAACCCAAAUACGGUGUCACUGCGGUCAAUCCCCGUGUCCAUGUUGCGAUGCUUAGGAAACAGCCAAAAUGUUUAGACCCGGCAGAUAAGAAACAGAAAUCCAAAUAUUCACAAGCCGCAAACUCACCGAAAAAAAUAAUAUUACAUCGGGCCAAAAAAAAAGUUACGGGUUUUUUACAAUCAAAAACCGAAGUGUUGUAUCCCGUUGAACACGAUGAGAAGAAACCAGGCACUGUACCUGUGUACCACAAGAACAGAUUACUAAGAAUGAUACAGGUGAAACGAUCCGCCACCAAGUGAGUGCCCCUAGCGGCGAGCACGCGCACUAUUGGACACUACGCCAACAAAUAACUCAUAACAAGUACAGGCAAGACAAUAAAGUUGUAGUC